GCGGAUGUCUGAUCUCCGGAUAACUGAGGUGUUUCUGUACAUGGAUUAUCUGGGAAAACAACAAUAAACUAGAAUGUCUGAAUGUAUCCAGAUCUCAUUUGCUGUUUGUAGAAUUGGCAUUUACACGUGUUUUCGUGCACUUUGCUGCAAGGGACCACCACCUGCACGGCCAGAAUAUGACCUUGUUUGCAUAGGCCUCACAGGUUCUGGCAAGACCAGUCUGUUGUCAAAGCUCUGCAGCGAAAGCCCUGAGAAUGUUGUAUCUACCACAGGUUUUAGUAUAAAAGCAGUGCCAUUCCAGAAUGCCAUCUUGAAUGUAAAAGAACUUGGAGGGGCUGAUAAUAUCCGGAAAUACUGGAGUCGCUACUACCAAGGAUCUCAAGGGGUAAUAUUCGUAUUAGACAGUGCCUCUUCAGAAGAUGAUUUAGAAACUGCUAGAAAUGAACUGCAUUCAGCUCUUCAGCACCCACAAUUAUGCACUCUACCCUUUUUAAUUUUGGCCAAUCAUCAAGACAAGCCAGCUGCUCGCUCAGUACAAGAGGUCAAAAAAUAUUUUGAACUUGAACCACUAGCACGUGGGAAACGCUGGAUUCUGCAGCCCUGCUCCCUGGAUGACAUGGAUGCACUGAAAGACAGCUUCUCGCAGCUGAUAAACUUGUUAGAAGAGAAAGACCAUGAAGCUGUAAGAAUGUGAAAUCUGGCAAAGAAGACGGGUUCCCAAAAGGCCUUGAACCUAUCAUGCUAGUUUCUCAUUUUAAUUUUAUUUUGGUAUCAAGACUCUAAAGGCUUCAGCAUCUAUUUUUCUCUAGCUAUCUCAGAUUCUCAUCUCUCUAUUAAAGUGAAUAUUCUGUAAACCAGGUAAAUUAUCAUCGGCAUUAACGUCAAGCACACACUACUGAGAGAGAAUUUAUUCUCUGUUUACCACUAAUUAUCUUCACCGCAUGCCUCUUCCUUCUGUUGUUCUAAGCGUCUCUUACUCACUCUGUCCUAAAAUGGAUGGAAUUCGUGGCUCAUGGAAAUCAAAUCCUUUAUAAAGGACUCAAAAAGACUCACAGGACCUUGACGAAUUUUCCCUGGGUUUGGGGGUGGAGUGUUAUAUGGCUGGGACUCUACGUGAUAUGUAUAUCAUUUUCAAAUCUCUGGGGGUUUUAUUUUAUUUUUAUUUUAUUUUUUGUUUUUGGUUUGUUUUGUUUUGUUUUGUUUUUACUGACCUUAUAAACUAUGAGAGAAAAAUGAGAAAAUUAAUCAAUCACCUUAUCAGGAAGGAAUAUCCUACUAUAUUAACUUUGAAGAACUUAAAGACAAGACCAUGAUGUUUCCUUGAUUAUAUCUGACGUCUCACCCCUUCCCUAUUUUAAGAGCUAAGACAUUGCGUUAGUUUUUGAGAGGGGUUAGAGGAAAUUUAGGCACAAUGCAUGCAUCACUAAUCUUUGAUCGAGGCCUCAAAUUUUUUUUAAUGGAAAGAUUAAGCUGCAUAAAAUCAAACUAAAAAUUUUAAGUGCUUGAAAAAGAGAAAAUAAUUUUUGAAAGAGUAUAUAAAAUUUCAAAAGCAGCUGAACUGAAUAUAGUUUUGAACUGGCGUAGGGUUUAACUUGGCAUGGAUUGUGACAGAGAUAUCAAAGACAGAAUCACCUGUAUAUUCAUUCAUUAAGUGCUAAUGUAGUUUAAUGCAGUCCAUUAAUGCCUCCAUCUAUUAAACAAUUACAGGUCUAUCAGUACUUCAAUUAUAAACCUCUAUUUUCAGGGGUUUCAGUGUGCCCUUUAAAGUGUGCUGGGAGCUGCAGAGAAUAGUUUUAGGGCCCAGAUUCAGUCUUUGGAACUAAUUUUUAAUUAAUUUAAAUGAUAAAAUUAUGUAGAAAUAAUUGUAUAGUUUUACUAAGAUUUAGACCUUUGUCUUUUCUAAAUCAGGAAUAAUCUAUGGAUAUUGAAGUUUGUGGAUUAAACACACUUGAGCACAUUUUGUAGAGUUUUGACCAUGUAAAAUACCUACAGGCCAAAUGAUAGAAACCUGCUUCCUACACUGAGCAAUACAAACGUUUGUAACUUUUAGGUAAUAUAGAUUGAUAUCCAAAUACCACAGACCUACACUAUAUUACAGAGUGAUGUAAUCCCUUGUUAUUCUCCAGAAGAUAUUCAUCAGGACCUUACUGUUGUUCAAAUACAGUUUCUGUGGUUUUUAUCUUGUAGGUGGAUUUUAAUGAAAUCAUUACCUUUGAAACAUUAAACACUUCUUUAUAGCUUUUUUUAAAAAAUGGAAUGGAUGAAAAAUGAUUCAUAGCAAUCCACGCACAAUUUUGUCUACAGCAUCCUUGAAUAUUUUUAACACUGUGUAAUCCAUGAGCAGCGCAAAACAUUUAUUCCAACAACCAGUUACACAAUUCCUGUUCUUAUUUUGUCCUGUUGUGCUCAUCAUCUAUGAAAAAUAAAUGAUCAUUAGGCUCUGCUUUCCCUGCAAGUUCAUUAAA